AUGUCAUCAAUAAUAAAACGAACUUUAAAUGAUUUAACAAAUGAAAAUAAACGUUUAAAAAAUGAUUCAGCUAUUGAUUUAAAUUUUGAUAAUGAAGAAUUAAAUAUGAAAAACUCACAUUCUUCAUAUUCAAAAUCAAUAUCAUCUGAAUCAUUGAUCGAGAAUGAUUCAAUGUUUGAUGAUGAUGUUUUUGAAGAUGAACAAAGUAUGACAAAAUCUUUAUCAAAAAUAAAUCAACAUCAAGGUCGAAAACGAUUAAAUGGAACAUCAACAUAUCGAAUAAAAGAAAAUAAAGAUAAACGAAAAAGUAAAUCUCUUAAAAAAGACCAUAUUAUAGUUGAUCAAACAUUAAAUCAAUUACUUGAAGAACAAGCUCGUAUCGAUGCUCAUUCACUCUCAAUUCAUUCCAAAGGAAUAUAA